AUACCUCCUCGCUGGUUUCUUUGAAUUCUACCGAUAGUACACUGAAGGAAAUGAAAAGGCCGACCGAUGCGUCAGCUAAGCAUCUGCCAGCAAAUUUACUGUCCAAAGACGACAGUAUAAUAGCUUCUAAAACAGACACACUCGAUACUGCAUCAUCGGGUCAAACUGCAAAAUCUAAUGGGAAAACAGUACGAAGCCUGCCGGUGUCACCGAUCUCAGAAUUGACUAGUGUGAAACAAUCAUCUAUGCCAACAAAUGAAGAAACACUGGAAUUCACCAACGAGCUUUUGGUAUCAAUGUCAAAUUUGUGCCCAUCUACGAAAUUGAAUAGAUCGCAUGUUCAUUCAAUCGUAACUUCAUGUAUGUUUAACUCGAAAAGUUUUUCGGCUCUAAAACUUCUAAACGAGAGCUUGAAAGAGAAACUCUUAGAAGUUGUUUCGCCAUCAAGCGUAUCAAGUGCAACUAAAAGGAAAAUCGCAGAAUUACAACCAGCCGUAGUAAUGUCCCCACCUUCUGCAAAAAGUAUAAGACUCGGGGGGUUGCGAGAGUCGCCGAACACUUCCUCAAAUGGGGGUUCCCCAAUUAAGUAUCACACAAGUUCUUCGCAGAACUCGAGUCCCCCUGGUGGAAAAGUGGGGAGACCUCCUCUUAUGCACAGUUAUCCCGAGGAGCCGCCCAGGUUGCUUCCCUACUCACACAAUGAGCAUCAAGUGUCACAGCAGCAGCAGCAACAACAACAACAACAACAACAGAGUUUAGCAGCAGCUGUCGCCUCGCUCACGGGCACGACGCCAACAGCGCAAGAAACAGCUCAUCACCUGAGCCACCUUAGUCAGCAAAGAGCAUUGUCAGCUAGUCAGUUGCACGCGGCGUCAUCUGCAAUGUACCCUAGUCAACUUCAUCACUCGUCACCACAGCACUCGGAUAGUGUCGCGGCGAUGCACGCUCGACUGGCGGCAACCUCGGAUUACAGUAGAAACCCUUUGAUCAGACACCCUAGUCAGCACCCAACGCCGCAUAGCGUGGCCUCGCAUGUCUCGGCAACGUCGCCCCAUGCUGUGGCGAUGGCUGCUGCGACACACGCCCAUCAUAACUCGUACCUCAAUAAUUUGCAGAAAUCGGCAGCUGUCGCGCAGGCAGCAGCGCUCAUGAAGUCACAACAACAGCACGCAUUAGGUCACUCGUCUUCAACCAGUGCUCUUCACCACGGGUCUUCGGGAGUUCAUGCUUCGCCACCCGGUGCUACUGGCGGACCCCCGGGAACCGCUGGUCCUCAUCACAAUCCCCACCCAGUAGCUGACUCUAUGACGGCAGCAGCAGUUGCGGCUCAGUAUCAUCACAAUUCAGCCGCCGAGCACCUUCGGCUAUUUCCGAACUACCAGGGAUCGCAUGUACCGAAACUCCUUCAACCCUCAGGAGUCCCGAAUGCGUCCCAGAUGGCAUCCGCAGCGGCCCAAAAUACUGCCGGGCACCGUUCGCCGAUUCUAGCAGCAAAUUCGUCCCUGAACAAAAUGCCCUCCCAGAACCCCCAUUAUGGAGCCGGAAACUCAGUCGGAACAACUGGGUCCCAUUACCCGCAUGCGUCACUUGCCGGAGCCAAUCCAACUGCGCAUGAACUUGAGUCACAGUUGCAUCAUGCCGCCAUGGGAAGAUUCGCUGCUCCACCUCAUCUCAGUGCUUCAGGGACAGGAAUGCCCCCCUCUAAUACAGACCCAACUGCCGCCGCCAUAUUAGCUUUUCAUCACGAGUCACAACGAAAAGCAGCAGCAGCUGCUAUUAAUGCGGCCGCCUUGCAACAACAACAGCACCAUCCGAUGCCGCCAUCUGCCGCCGCCGCAAUCAACGCAGCAGCCGCACAUCACUACAAUCAACAUCGACAGCAGAGCGCGAACAGCAGUGCUACCGGAAUGCAGCAGUCGCCGCAAGGUCCUCCCGGACAGCAUCAUGGAAGUGCUACGACUGUGAACAGUGCUGCAGCCGCUCACGCUUUGUCUUCAAAUCACCACAAUCCCUACGGAAUAGGAUCGGCCGUUUCUGCCGCUAAUCAUUUGGUCGAUAAUGGUGGCGGAGUCAACACACAUUCGCCCAUAUCGAGACAACUCAGAGGAGGAGGAAAUGGGGGUGGUGUCUCGACAGACGCCGACUCCUCUGGCCCUGUGUCCUCCCAUCAAAAUCCAGUUGGCAGCAACAUGCACUCGAAGCCUCCCGGAUCCCAUUGUGCUAACUGUGGCGGAGAGGCCAUCUAUCUGUGCUCCGGCUGUAGAAAGAUCUGGUACUGCAGUCAGGACUGUCAAGUGAAGGCUUGGGAGCGUCACUACGUCGACUGUUUUGGAUCCCAAGGAAGACAAUGAAAAUCGAAAAAUGCUAUCAAAACGGACAGAUUUCAAAUGAGCAGGCAAAACCCAUUCAAACUUCAAUUUAACCACCCAUUUCCAUUGUAUCUUCAAAUACAAAUUUUAUGACGGCGGCCUAUUCUAGUGUCAAGUUUAAGGACUUGUUCUUAAAUCUCUGGAGAACUGAUAUUAAAUUUCAACAAAAAAUAAAACUAUUAGGAUCCAAUUAUCUGAUGGAUGGGAUAGAUUCACAGAUGUAAUUUCAUUAGAACAUCAUUUGGAUGAAAUUGAAGCCCUCGCUAUGUACAUCAAUUGAUGCGAUCUUAGAUGUGUGUGACUUGUUACGAUGAAAAUUAUCAUGACUAUCGAUCGCUCUCUCCGAUAUCGAUUAAGCCUGUACAUAUUGGUGUAACGAAAAAACGAUCAGCUCAUUGUUGUUCUGUCGGGUACAGUAGAUGUUUGGACUGCCAUUCGGCUGGUUUCGUGGAAAGAAUUUCUUUUCUGAUGCCGCCAAAUAUGUGAAAAACUAUGAAUACAUAUCACAACUGAGCUUAAUGUAGUAUACUCGUUUUGUGGCGCAAUUAGUAUUUUUUUCAGUGAAAUGGCUGGAAUUUAAUUCGGGACAUUAUUAUUAUUGUUACCACUACUAUUAUCAUUACUUCACUUUUGUGACGUUUGAAUCUCGUUGAAUUUUUGUUGUAGUCGUUA